UCUGCUCUGAGCGAGACAAAACCCUUCUCAUGCGCUGCGGCUCUUCAUGCUGAGUGUGUGUGUGUGUGUGUGUGUGAGGAACUGAAGCUGUAGAUGUUUGCUGGAUCAAUGAUUUCUCCAAUGGACGUGAUUCUCAACCUGAUCACACCAGACGCCUCGCCGUCCACCUCACCCACCAGCACCAUCGAGCGGCUGGAGGGUGCAGUGGCGCAGGCGGCGCUGGCCUCUUUCGGUGCAGACGCGUCUCUGCUGUCCUCAGAGGAGGUGUGUGUGUGUGUGGACCCACAGCGCAGCCGGCAGGUGUGUGUGUGUGUGGACCCGCAGCGCACGCGGCAGGCCCUGGCGCAGCUGCAGCAGAAGAUCCUGAAGCUGACAGAGCAGCUGCGCAUCGAGCAGGCGGCGCGCGACGACAACGUGGCCGAGUACCUGAAACUGGCCAGCAAUGCCAACGACAAACAGCAGAGCACACGCAUCAAACAGGUGUUUGAGAAGAAGAACCAGAAGUCUGCGGCGAGUAUUGCGCAGCUGCAGCGUAAGCUUGAGCACUGCCACCGGCGGCUGCGGGACGUGGAGCACAGUGGGGUGCAGCGGCAGCCCAAAGACGUGCUGCGGGACAUGCAGCAGAACCUGCGCGGCGUGAUGACGGGGCUCAGCGGAGGCGUGGUCGACAGCGUCAGGGGCGUGGCCUCCAAACCACGUGAGAUCGCUUCGCUGAUCCGGCACCGCUUCGGCAGCGCAGACAACAUCAGCGCGCUGCGGGACGGGGCCGAGGACGCGGAGGAUGGGGCCACGGGACGCUCUCUGGGCUCCGCCACCGCACGCCUGCAGCACAGCCCGAAGUUCGGCAGCGAGGACGACUGCUCCAGCGCCACCUCAGGCUCUGCAGAGGCUCACUGUGGCCCCGGGGCCCCUGGAGGACCGCCCAGCUCCAGAGGGACUGGCGGCGGGCUGGAAGUGCUGCUGCAGGAGGUGCAGGAGCUGCAGGAGGUGCAGGCACAGCUGGAGGAGCAGCUGGAGGAGCUGAAGAGCAGCUGCAGGGAGGAGUGCGCAGUACUGAUGCAGACACUGCAGGAGGACAGAUUCAGAUGUGAGCGUCUGGAGGAGCAGGUGAAUGACCUGACGGAGCUCCACCAGAAUGAGAUCCUGAACCUGAAGCAGGAGCUGGCCAGCAUGGAGGAGAAGAUCGCAUACCAGUCCAACGAGAGAGCCAGAGACCUGCAGGAGGCUCUGGAAGCAUGUCAGACGCGCGUCUCCAAGAUGGAGCUCCAGCAGCAGCAGCAGCAGGUGGUGCAGCUGGAGGGUCUGGAGAACGCCACCGCCCGCACGCUGCUGGGCAAGCUGAUGACGGUGCUGCUGGCGCUGAUGGCGGUGCUGCUGGUGCUGGUGUCCGCCGUGGCCAACUGCGUGCUGCCGCUGAUGAAGACCCGCAGCCGCUCCGUGUCCUCGCUGCUGCUGGUGCUGCUGCUCGCCGUGCUCUGGAGGAACUGGGACUCCUUUUCUGGACACACACACCGCUUCCUGCAGCCACUGCCGUGAUGAGCACACACACGUUUGCACACUGUUCAUCUCCUGAAUGCCUCUGGUGCGUUGCUCUUGAAUCAGAAUAAUAUCAAUAACGGCUGUGUUUUUAAUUCAGGCUGGAGUGAUAAAUCAGUGCAUUAGCCAACCCAGAAACGAGUACCGCAUUGAUCCUGACAUUUCUUUAUCAAUACAUCGAGAUUCUUACUCCAAUGGGUUCUGAGAUUACUUUUCACCAGCAGGUGGCGCUGUGUGCUUUACAAACAGCCAACUCAGCUUGAUUCCUCACACAUGCUGCCCGAAUUAAAAUAAUUAAUAAAGUUAGCAAAGGGUUAAAGUUUGUGUGAAAUCAAGAUUUGCUAGCACACACUGAUAUUCUGUAGGUGAACAAUUAAUCCCUUAUGCAAAGUAAAACAUAGUUUUGGUAAUCUUCAGUCUGAGCAUCUGCUUCUGCGUUUGGAUUGGCUCCUUCUCUGAUGACAUCGGUUUGACGCUUCAGCCACAAUAUUCUUAGCCACGCCCCUCUUACUGUUAGUUUGGUGUGAGGGAAUGAUGUGUAUAAAGAAAGCCCCGCCCUCUACUCAAUUUGGCCCAACUCAACAUCACUAUCUGCUGUUUAAAAACUAGCCAAGAUCGAGUCCAGAGCGCCAUCUGUGGUCAACACUAACCUACAGCGCCAUCUGCUGUUAAAAGGAGCCUAAAGCACCAUCUGCUGUUAUAAACUAGCCUAAAGUGUUGUCUGCUGAUAAACACUAGCCUAGAGUGACGUCUGCUGUCAUAAAUUGGGCUAGAGCGCCAUCUGCUGUUAAAACCGAAGCUCAGAAUCUACUCCAGAGAGAUUUGCGAUGCAUUCUGAAGAUGCAUGGCUCAUAGCGUAUGCCUUUAUUAGCACUAUCUCUAAUCUGACUUCAGCUGAAUGUAGCGUUCUGUUCAGAUCACGCAGAAGUGAAACUCUGUCAUCCUUUGCUCAGUUUUAGGAGUAAAAUCUGAAUGCUGGAGUUUGAUUUCUGUGAAACACAAGCUGAAGGUCAUUGAUGAAGAUGAUGAUGAUGAAGAACAGAGUUUGGGUUAUUUUAUGAGCGUGAUCUGAUGCAGAAACACUGUUUUAAAGGAAGUAUUAAUGUAUAGAGUAUAGCCUCACUGGAGCUGUGACCGCACACAAACACAGCAACAGUAGGAGCUCUUACUGCGUUCUCAAUCUCUGUAGAUACAGUACAACACCUGCACUGCUAGUCAAACGUUUGCAAUAUUGAAUAUGUCUUCAUGUUUCUUCAGACAGGUCACCAACACUGCCUUUAUUUGAUCUAAAUAACUGUAUCAUGGUGAACUGUUUAUAGCAGCAGAAUAUUGAGCAGAGUGUGAUGGACAGCUGUAUUACAGCAUCAUUACUGCAGGCUUUAGUGUCCACCAUCCUUCACAGAUCACUGUCAUAUGACCAUCAUGCAGCAUCAGUGGGGGAUUAUGUUAAUGCAGUCUUUAAUUAAGCUGUGUGUUCCUAGGAUAAAUUAUAUUUUUCAAUAUAAUGUACAAUAGAAAUCAUUAGAUGAUGAACUCAAAACAUUUGGCUUGUAGUGUGAUAUUAAAGCACAGUAAACUCUAUCUGGUGUGGUGGAGUGAGAUGGAUCAGGACUGUUAAUGUUUAAUAUCUGUAUGUUAGGAAUAUAAUAACUCUCAGGUGUGUGCGUGUGUGCGUGUGUGUGUGUGUGUGUGUGUGUGUGUGUGUUGAGUGCACCUCUGAGUUCUGAUCACUUUUUUUAAUAAACAGAA